GAAAAAACUAUAUACACAUUGUAUCAAUGUCAAUUCCUGAUUUUACAACAGUUCUAUUAAGAAAAAUAUAAUCAUCGGAGAAAACUAGGAUGUGUGGGACCUCUCUGUACUAUUUUCGUAACUUCUUAUGAAUCUAUAAUUGCUUCAAAAUUUAAAACUUUGUUCAAAAACACACAGUGGAAGCUGGAGAAAACUUCUCCCUUUACUUUUCUAUUUCUGUUUUUUUGAGCACCCAGAAAUAAAAUACAUAAUAACAGUAAUAUUUAAUACAGGAUAGGUUUAAAGAAAAGUCAAGUUUCAGACCUCAAAUUUUAUUCUAGUUGUGUUUACAUGGCACUUUCCUGAUUUAACAAUAAAAAGUAGUGAAAAUACUUAAAAUAUUUUCAAGAUAAACCCAUGAAAUAUUGUUCAAACCCCAUUACUCCUCUAAUAAUGAAAUCAUGAAGAAAUUUAAUACUGUAGUGUCAUACAAUCACAAAUCUCAGCCACCUAGAAGUUGCUACCAUAUAAAUCUCACUGUCUCUGUCUAUUGUCUACCUGUUCUCUGCCUUUCCAAUAGUUUCUUUCUGCCUUGGUUAAGACUGUGGCAAAAAAAAAAAAAUGUUUUUAUUUAACAGUUUCCUUCAGCAUCUUUAGUAAUUUCCAAUGAGCUAUAUAUCUAAUUCCCUCUCAGAAAAGUACAUAUGACUACCCGCCAUGAUAUACAACAUUUUGCAUGCACUAACUAGUCUAUUUGUAUUUUAGGAAUUUAAAAUAUUUUCAGCCUGGGUUUAUGCAAAAUCAAACUGUAACUGAAGUAGGAAAAAUCUUUAAGAUAGCAUGGCCACUUUGGGGGCUUUUAUGUUAUUUUUAGCCUUUCAUUACAGUUUAAGACAUAGGUUAAGUCUAGAUCUGACCCCUUCUUGGGUUAGCUGUCCUGCUCUAAAUGGUGGGAGGGUGGGAGGGUUCAAGCUUUGUAACAAUAGUGCGCUUGGACUUGCCAAAUGGUCUUUCCUUCACGCCUUCCGACAAUGAUCGAUACUUCUAAAAUCUGAAGGACAUCAGAUACAUGUCUACUUUGCAGUAGUGUAGUAGAUUUACACUUGCAUAACAAUGAAUAUAUGCUUUUAACUCCGGUCACUGCAAAAGGAUAGACCAAAAUUAUCAAUGAUACAAAUCUAGAUUACUGUGUACUAUAUAGCUAACCAAACAACCCAAAACAAAUUAAUUGAUAAUGAUGAUGGCUUAACUAAGAAUAAAUUAUACAUAAAAAGCAAAGAUUUCAACCACUGAAAACAAUGUCUGAACAAUGGAAAUGGGAAAAUCAGCUGGUUAGAACAAAAUAAAACAUGAUUUCUAAGUUUACCAACAAUUAUUAGAUAUGAAUAGUUUCCCUUUUCUUGGGAAGAAAGGAAAAGAAGGAUGGAGACUCAUCCCUAAUCAAGCACGAUGCCAAGUAGAGAGGUCAGCAAGGACUCACUGAACUUAAUACACUCACACCUCCUUAAAAAUGGAUGCUGUUAAAACUGAGAUGACAGUUCCUUUUGAAGACGCAACAUGAAGCUCUGGAUCCAAUGACAAGUAGUAGUUUCGAUGGGUCAUAACUUAGUAACAGCCUAAAUGCACAUUUUUAUGAGACAAGUAACUCUUCUCAGGCAAGUAAAAAGCAGACUAAUGAGAUGUUCCUAUGGAAUUUGAUAUAAAUAUUAAAAGCAAAACAUCCUGCCUGCUGUGACACCCCCAAGAGGAAAGGCUAUAAAAGCACCUCCAAGAGGAAAAAGCCAGGAGCCUUGGAACUGACUCAGCGGUGGCUGCUUGAGCUUUCAAUCCAGAGGACCACAGACUUUGACAUAAACCAAAGCUGGGCACACACUAUGGAUACCAACAGCUGUAUAACAACUAUUUCUUCCACAGCCUGCCAAAGCUGCUCCAGGAUUACAAAUUUUAGGACCAUCUCUUCCAACACCGGCUGCCAGAAUGAUGGUCUUGAAGCCAACUGCUGCCAACCAACUGGCCAUGUUCUAAGAACUCCCCAGUGCCCAGGCUGCCAACCCACUUCUUGCUUCUGUCUCAUGCCCAUCUGCUUAAUAAGUGAUUUCAAUACCUGCCCCUCUCCGGAUGGUUGUGGCUGGUAUUGCGAAGGCAUCAACAGUCAUGAGAAAGAGACCAUGCAAGUCUUGAACAACCGCCUCGCUAACUACCUGGAAGAAGUGCGAAUGCUGGAACAAGAAAACACUGAACUGGAGUGUAAAAUCCAGGCAGAGUGUAACAGAGAGCUCCCUGUCAUUUGUCCUGAUUACCUGUCCUACUAUGCUAUCAUUGAGGAGCUCCAGCAGAAGAUCUUGUGUACCAAGACUGAGAAUUCCAGGCUGGUCUCACAAAUUGACAACACCAAACUGGCUGCUGAUGACUUGAGAGCCAAGUACGAAGCUGAGGUGUCUCUGCGCCAGCUAGUGGAGGCAGAUGCCAACGGCCUACAGCAGAUCCUGAACGCACUGAGCCUGGCCAAGGCUGACCUGGAAGCUCAAGCCCAGUCUCUGAAGGAGGAGCUCCUUUGCCUCCAAAACAACCAUGAAGAGGAAAUCAAUUCCUUACAGAGCCAGCUUGGGGACAGACUCAACAUUGAAGUGACCACUGCCCCUUCUGUUGAUCUAAACCGGGUUCUACAAGAAAUGAGAUGCCAGUAUGAGUCCAUCACAGAGACAAACCGCAGAGAAGUGGAGCAGUGGUUCAGCACACAGAUGGAGGAGCUGAACCACCAGGUGGUGACCAGCUCUCAACAGCAGCAGUGCUGCCAGAAAGAAGUCAUUGAGCUGAGACGCACCAUGAACGCUCUGGAGAUUGAACUACAGGCCCUGCACCAAAUGAGAGAUUCCCAGGAAUGCAUCCUGGUGGAGACGGAGGCCUGCUACUCGGCCUUGCUGGCCCAGGUCCAGUGUCUGAUUGAUAACCUGGAGGCUCAGCUCACAGAGAUCCGGUGUGCCCUGGAAAGACAGAACCAAGAAUACGAGAUUCUGCUGGAUGUCAAGACCCGGCUGGAGUGUGAGAUUGCCACAUACCGCAGCCUCCUGGAGAGCUCGGAUGUCGAGCUUCCCUGUUACCCAUGUGCCGCCAAAUGUGAGCCUUCUAUGUGCACAUCCAGUAAAGCCAGGGCCAUGGAAUGCACAGCCCCAGUUGACAUAUCAUCCUCAGGCCCCUGUGGGAUACACAAGGCUUGCAAUGUCUGCAGAGCCCUGCCUCGAAUACUGGUUAAAAUCUGCACCAUCACCAAGGAGAUUAAGGAUGGGAAAGUCAUUUCUUCUCACGAGCAUGUGCAGCCUUGCUUCAUCACCAGAGCUGCCUAAGUCUAACAUCUCAAGGUGAUGAGCGUGACCCUCAUUCAUGAAAGAGAGAGAAUGGGAGUUGGUUCAGAGUAUUUGACAAGGCACAUGUAGCCGGAAUUCUCAAGACAUAACCCACCCUGCAACUGGUGACCAUGAAAAUAAUAGCUUAGAUUCCUGCUUCAGUCUACCCAUCAGAGAAUGACAGAAUUGAUAUCCACAGACUUCGCAGAAAAGUCAUCACAAAUGAUCAUUACUUAUAAACAUGAGGCAGUCCCAGUGUGAGAAGGCGUCGUUUACAUACCAACCAUCAUCAAAGCUUCUUGUAGUAGGGUGAAAGAGUGUUUUAAUCAUUCCCUACAAAAAUUAUUUUCCAGAGGUUUCAGUAAAUAAUUCCAAACUGAACACAGAAUGUGAAGUCAAAAGACCUGAAGCCCUAACUUUGUCACUUACAAACUGUGACCCUGUGCAAAACCUUUAGCCUUCAUCAAACUUAAUUUUCUUAUUUGUUAAACAAGUAUCAUGACUACUUGACAGGGUUAUUGUGAAGAUCAAAUGAAAUCGUUUAUGCUGCUUGGUACGCUGAAGAACACUAUGCAAAUGUUAUUUUUAUAUAAGCUUUGCUUUUAGCUACAGUCUUCAACCUAAUUAUGCCAUUUAUUAUCCCAUAUUAAAAUUCUUUCUCCAUGAAUAUAGUUAUCCAGCCAUGAUUUUAAAGUUUUAAUAGUGCUUGGCUUUCAGGGGAAAAAAAAGAACAGAACAAGAUCUCCUAUGAUCAAGCCCACAAUUCUACUCAAUAAAGCAUUUUUGAAGUUUCAGGGUAUGCAUCAGAUAUCAGUUGAUGGCUGAUGCCCACAUCAAAGACAAAAGCAUGAUUUAGCUCAUAGCUCAGCAAUUCACUUCCUCCAGACACGUAGUAACUACACUAAGCCAGUGGAAUGCAGCACUCCCAGACUGACCUCUUUUCUAUCAAUAAUUUAUCUCUUGUCUGAAUGAACACCCAGAUGACCCCUGGUCAGCACUUGAUUGCAUACUAUCUCGGCUGAAGGAUGGACAUGUAGAAAGGGCAUGGCGCUGGGACUCAGAAACCCCGGGAAAGAGUCUCAAUCCAGCCUUUGUGUGACCUUGAGCAAAAGGACAUAAUAAUAUAGGCCCUGCCUGCCAUGCUGGAAGGAUUAAAUAGAAUAAUGAUGGUAAUGAGUCUUGUAAACUGUAAAAUGCUAGGUAGAAGGGAGCGUUUUCCCCCCUAAACUGAAAACCAGUCAUAUGUCAUUUCCUUCCCUACCUUCUUCUCUUGUGGCUGGUGUAGUAACGGUCCCCAGCGGACCCCAUACGGACCAUCAAAGCUAAUUGGGAAACCAACUGGUGAGAAGCCAGAGCUGCUCAGUCUGCUCUGUGUCUCAAUUCCAACAAGAUUCAGGGUUCGGGAACCUCACUGGACUCAGUCUAACCUCAAGCUGAUGCAGCAAUGCCAUUCUCAGUUUAUCCGAGAAAUAGGAUCUCUUCCUCCCACUCAGAGCCAAACAUCUCACAUGCCUUCCAUGACAAAAGCAAGUUAUAAGCUGCAUGGAAGAGACAGGGUUUGACCACUUAAAGGCUUAGAGAUAUUUUUAAGUGUCUUCUCUGUACAAAGGAAUGUAAAACCAUAUGCAGGACCUUGUCUAUGAGUAGUCAAAUGUUUGCAAGGCAAUAAGAAGUCUGCAUUUUUACCAGGAAGCUAAAUCAGUAUCCAACAUAGCCAGAGGAGGGAGUUACAGCAAAUGCCCUCUACAAAUGAGAGGGAGGGAAAAGGAGAUUAAAGUUUAGGGGAAGGGAAAAGUAUCCCAGAAGAGAAGGAAGAGCACCAUCCAUGCCAGGAAGGAUGUAGGCUGAGGCAACCAGCGUCCAUGGCACAGAGCCGGGGGUUCACGUCAGAGCAAGCAAGCCUGAAAUGCAUUGUCCCAGUGCUGUAAUCAAAUGCUUCUUAUAGGAAAUAAAUCUUUCGGCUAUUGGUCUGGCUGGAAAUACCUGGUCACUGUGGUCAUGCAUGAUUCACAAUCUUCAUGGGCACAACCCACGCUCCCAGUUCUAAUGGGAACAGCCCUAUUUGUCAACAUUGAAGAGGUUUAUGUAACCAAAUUAUCAUUUCAGGUUGAGCAUUAUAUUUGGAGAGUUUUCUUAGGUGAUGCUGUUAAGCCUCAGACCGCCAUUUACAUGCACAUAAGAAAAUAUGGAAUAUGCCAAUAUUUCUAAAUAUCCUAAUGAAGGUGUUGCCAAUAGCGUCUUCUUGCUCCUCCCACUCUUCCCCUCUCUGCCUCCUUCUCUCCUCUUCUUCCUCUCUCUCUCUCUCCUCCCUCUCUAUCUGGAACAACAUAACUAAGGUGGACAUACUGGUGGUACCUGGAGAAAAUAUCCGAAGCUAACAUUUAUCUCACUAUUUCCUAGAAACAGAGCAGGUUUGGGACUCCCUUCUCUGCAUCCUUCUCUAAAGAACAACAAAGAAAUAAAGAAAGCCUUUCUUCUAAGCCAGGGGUAAAAAUCUCAUAUUAUAGCUCUUCAUGGUGGCUCAGUGAACUCAGCAGGUGCUUGAGAGUUACCCUGGGGAGGACUGUACUUGCCCACUUGACAUUUGCGGCUCUGGGAGAAACAGCUUAACUCUACUGAGCCAGCAGACCUAGAGAGAGACAGACUUGGGCUGUAUUUUCUCCAAAUCUGUGUAGUUGACUAUAGAGAACUGCCUAUCUUGUCUGUUAGAGUAUAAAGGUCUUUUGUCUGCACCUCAGUGAGGAGUGUUUGUUCUCUGACUCAUCAGAGAAAAGUAAUGACGUCCUCCUCCUUUGCCCCACUGCCCAAAAGACUGUCUACCUCCCCAACCCCAGCAGAGCCUUUGCAGACGCAGACAGAAAUCUCUCACUGGAAGGCAAAUAAAAAUUACAGCCCAUUUAAGAAAACUCUGUAACUUGAGGCAGAAAAGGAGACCAGAAUGAAAAUUCAGAGCAAGUGGCCCCUACUAAGGUAGAAGACGCCAGAAGAGAAUGUAAGCCAUCUCUGGUCAAGCAGCAGAAUCACAUGGUGAGAAACAUGCUUGAAGCUAGACCAGCUGGAUCUGAUUCCCUGCCCUGCCACCUACUGUAAGAUUUUAGGCAAGUUACUUAACUCUCCACUUCCUCAUCACUAAAACGGGACUAUUAAUGGCAUCCACCUGGCAGAAUUGAGAUGAUGACAUCAGUUAAUGCAUGCAAAGCUCUUAGAGCACGCAUCACCCAGUAACACUGUGUUACUCAGAAGUUCACACUCCAUUAGCAAAAUGAUCACAGUCAAGCUAAUAAAGUAUUUCACUCACGCUGACAAUGGCAUAAUCAUGCCCAAAGCCAUCCUGAUAACUAACGAAAGUACUAGACUAAGGAUGAUAACUUUCCUUUUUAUUUUACUUUUUUUAAAAUAAAAAUUGUAUAGAUUUAAAUUGUUUUGAUACACAUGUACGUAGUGAAAUUUUUACCAUAUGUAGGUCCAACUCUUCUAUUUUCCAGAAUGUUAUGGAAUUCAGUUGGAAAAGAACUCCCCAUAAUAUAUCAACCUUCAUACUCUGACAGACAACAGGAAGAAGAUGGCCCAAGAGAAGGAGGGGAACAGUGGGAAGCCAGCCAGCCCCGUAACUAGGGUCCCUUUUGUGGCGAAUGGAAAUGACAGCACAGUUCAGAUAGGAGUGGCAUUCAGAUAGAACACUGUGGCCCCGAUGUUUCCUGGAGUCAGGUUACGGGCUCAGUAGAGAAAGCAGCAGGAGGUCUCCCACAAAAAUCUCAGAGUCGACAUAGUAUAGCCAAUAUACAAAGCAAUUAGAUUUGUGCAGAAGCCACAGGACCUCCUAUGGCCAACAAGUAAAGGAGUAAUACUUUUUCUAGUCAAUUAAAAGUCAACUGAAUAUUAUGCCUCAGACACUGUUAAGUGCUUUACAUGAGUUAUCUCACUCAAUCCUCACAGAAACCUUAAAAUAUCAUUACUAUUCCUGUUUUAGUAAUAAGUAAACCAAAGCUUACAGAAGUUAACUAACUUGCUCAGCAUCACACAAUUAGUAAACAGUCAAGUUAAAAUUUGAACAAAUUCAUGUCCUCUAGCCUCCAAACACCCUGGUCUUAAUCACUCAAAUUUGACAAUAUAAUAUACAUAGCCCAAUCAGAAACACAAAUAGUUUUGUCCAAAAUAAUGUGUUUGUCGUAAGUUCUGAAGACAGUGAGCCUUAAAGCAACUCAUCAGGGUUUCCAGCCCAAUCCAGGAAGAGGUAAUAGUGAACACUCAUAUCAGCACAGGCUUCAGCAAAAAUCAACCACUAGCAUUCCUAUUUGUAUCUCUCUCUCUCUCUCUCUCUCUCUCUCUCUCUCUCUCUCUCUCAC